GUACGCCAUUUGUAACUGUGAAAUACAGAUUGGCAGAUUGAUGUUUUUGAAAAUUACAGGACAAUCGAAAACAAUUUUGCCAGAUCAAGUUCGCAGUUUUCAAGUUCAUUUCAGAGACGCUUCACAUCUAAUAUAUUUAACCUUGUCAACGAACACAGCUGGUGCAGAUGAUAAGUGACUGAAAAUCAAUGAUGCAGCUGGAUUGAACUCAGCCGUCUGUAUCAUUUCACUAAACUGCUUAGGAAUAUUAAACAAUAUGAGUAACCAGGCAUCUAAAAAGAGGAAGCUAUCACUGAAAAGGACUAAUGGAUCAAACCAACAUGAUCAAAGAAGGAAUACCAUCAUUUCUAUGUUUCAAAAACAGAAUGAUAAACAGGCUGUAGAAGAACAGACCAAAGAGUCUGGAAGUGAAGGAGAUGUAGUUAUAACAAAUGUAAUAGGCCUUAAUGCAGAUACUUGUCAAAAUGUUUCAGAAUCAGCUUCAAGUUCUGUAGCUCAUCAUAAAAGUCAAUGCACUGACACCACAAAGAGGUUAAGUUUGUCAGGAAGAAAAAAGCGGAAGCUCCCAGAUACAAAAGAUCGUGAAAGUGCAUCAGAUUCUGACUUUGAAGUAAGGAAAUCAAAUAAAAAGGAAAAGAGAAAAACUGCUCUUUCUAGAACUGUAUCUGCUCAAGAGUCAAGACCUCAGGGAGGGCAUUAUAGACUGAGAAAAAGAAACACUGUACCAGUUGUAGAAGUUAGUGAUAGUGAUAAAGAUAAUGAGAAAGAGGAUAAUGAUAAAGAUAAUGAGGAGAAAGCUAGGACUGAAAAAGUCAAUAAAAUGUCUGAUCAGGCUACAUCUAAUGUUGAUAGUAGAAAACAUACUGACGAUAUUGAAAAGAAAAGGGAAAGUAGUGAUAGUUCUAUGGAAGAUGUUGUUGUUGUGGAGACACCUGAAUCCAAGAGUAAAUACUUUAGCAAUUCAGGAAAGAGAAAGUUAACAAAUUCUACUGAAAAAAUAAAACUUUCAUUGAAGAAAUCUAGAGGUGGAAAAGAAGCAGAACAAGAAAGUGUGAAAUCCAAAAGUGAAGAAAGUAUGAAUUUCAAAAUAAAAUCUGACAAAUUUGAAUGUGAUAUGGAGAGAUCAAGUUCUGACACAGCUUGUCUAAUGAAAAAGAAAAUUUCAAAAGAUAAGUCAAGAAAUCAAAUAAAUAAAUUGUCAAAUGAUAAUCCUUCAAAUCUUGAAAAUAAAUCAUUUUUGAAUGACAGUAAGAAGGGUAAAAAUAAUCAUGAUUCACAAAAAUCUAAUGUAAAUUCUAUCUUGAUGCAAAAAGCAUGUGGAUCAAAUGAGAAAGACACUGAAAGCCUUGGUAGUUCUAAAGAUGGAUAUGAUAAAAAUGAAGUUAUCGGUAAGCAUAAAAAGGGUUUAGUGAAUGGUAAGUCAAUUUCAAAACCUUCUGUAAAAUCAAAGAGUGGUUUGAUUGUUAAUGAAACUACUGAUAGUAAUAAAGUUGAUACUGAUAAAGAAAUAGUCAACAUUGAUGACAAGGAUAAUGCUGAUGAAGAUGUUUAUGAAGAUGUGAGAGAAGAUGGUGAAAAAGUAGAGUACAGGGUACCAUACUACCUAGAAAACUUUAAGAAAAUAUUGGAAAGUGUCUUGGAUGAUAAAGAGAAUGCAAGGUUGUUUGAUGAAAUGGACAUGAAGUACAUUACUACUUUUAAUAAUUUAGACGAGGCAAGUCAGAAACUGUAUGUGAGGUUGUUCUCUCGGAAAUUAACUUGGCUUCCUAUGACGAAAGUGAACUACCCAGAGAUAAGUGAUGAUAUACCAAAGCUUAUUGAUGGUCUUGUAGAGAUUGAUCUUCUCUAUUCAGGGACAGAAUUAUCAGACCUGCCAAUAGUUUUAAAGAUAUUAUCAGCGCCAGAUUUAAAGACAUUGGCAAAAACAUUCCACAUUAACAGUCAGGGUAUGACAAAAGCUAGCAUCAUUGAAGAGCUGUUGAAGAAAGGCAAGAAAAACUCAAUUUCUGCCAUGUUUAAAGGGGGUUCCACAGGAACAAUGGAAAAAACAAUAUUGAACAGAGCCAAGAGUUACCUCGGUAAAGUGUGUAGACUGAAAGAUGAACCAAGGGCUGUGUUUAUACGAUUGUUGAUGUUGUUUUCCUUAUACAAUACCAACUUUGAUGAAGAAAGUGGUGGCGGUGGACAGAAUCAACUCUUUCAAAUGCUCAUGGUUAAUAUAGGUAGAGUUGUCUACCCUUCUUACACGGUCAAUAGAGACAGGUCUGUGUUUCAAGAUAGGGAUGCUCUUGUGAGGUUUGAGACUGCCCUUCAGUUUGAGAUGGACAUUCAGGGUAUGACUGAGAGAAACAAGUGGGUACAAGCAAACAAUAUAUAUAAACAAGCUAGAGAAGUUGGCAAGCAUAUUUGCAAGGACAAACAAUUUAUGAACUGGGACAGUGGUUUACCUCAGUUUUUACGACUGUAUACAGCUGGAAGUGUGUACACACGCAUAGACAACCAAGGUGUGGAGAUUUUACAGAGACUGAAACUGUACAAGGAAGCUGUUGACCUCCUAGAAGAGCUGCUAGCCCAGGACUUGUACUGUGUCCAGUAUCGAGGUCACUGGUAUGAGAGACUGGCUCUUAAUUUAGAAGCUCAUCUGAAGUCUGUACAAAAGAGCUUCAAUGUAUUGAAGCGAGGUUUAUCAGAUUCUACAGUACGAACUGGAAGACGACUAGCUCUGUAUGAGAGGGCACGCAAAAUUUGCGAGGCCCCGAAGUCCAAGUAUGCUGAUAGAAUCAGUGAGUUUGAACCCCAGGCAGUCCUUCCAACACCUGAGGUUUAUAUAGAAGGUAUGGUUGUAUCAGAUGCUACAGCUGUAGGUAUGAAGUAUAAGUUUGUCAUGCAGGGGGACUCAGACUCGGUCACAUUCUGUGGUGUUGAGGAAUUAGUGCUUGAACAUUACAAACAAAAUGGCUACCCUGAAGGUCUUCAUGCGGAGGGAUCUAUAGUUAGUAACCUGUUUGUUUUGUUAUUCUGGGACAUCAUGUACAUGGAUGUUCCAAAUGUGUUCCAUGGACCAUUCCAGUCCUGUCCUCUUGAUAUAGCCACACAAGAUUUCUACCUCAACAGGCAACAGGUUACAGAAGAAAGACUGGAAUGGCUGAAAAAUGCUUCCAUAGAGGAGUUAAAUACAGAAGUUGGCCGUGUUUGGAGUGAACAUGAAGGUAAGAUGUGUUCUGGGAUCAGCUGGGAUAAAUUCUCUGGACCUGACACUCACCAAAACCUCAUUAGCUGUAUGGGAGGACCUAUUAUUGCUGGAAUUUUAGAAAGAUAUGUGAAAGAUCCAAGGCAUACAAGAAGUGGAUUCCCUGAUCUGACUCUAUGGAACACAGAAACCAAACAAUUUAAGAUCUGUGAGGUGAAGGGUCCCAAUGACAGACUGUCAUAUAAACAGAUAUUAUGGAUAGACUAUUUACAGAAACUAGGAGUAGAUGCGGAGGUGUGCUAUGUUAAAGCUGUAGGAUCAAAGAAGCUGAAACCAGUUACGAAAAACUGAAUGUGUCUGCAAAAAAAACUAAUCUGUGAAUGAAUGGAUGCAUGUUUAGAAAUAGGUUCAGGCCAUCUCUGAAAUUACUAGUAUAAAAAUUAUCUGUGAAAGAAUUGAUAAGUUUCCAUAUUUCAUAUUGAUAUGAUUGUAAACUAUUUAGAUUAAAUAAUUAAUUAAACAUUUAAAAACAUGUGCUUUGUGAAAACUUUAAGCAAGUUGUAAAGACAAAGGGUAGUUGAUAAGAGAUUUAAAGCAGUUUUACAGAGCAAGUUAAAUACAGUUGUUAUUUGUUACAGCCAUUUCUCACAUUUAAAGUUUUGCAGUAAAAGAAGUAUCAAUAUCCUUAUGAAAUUUUUGCCCAACUUGUGCAUAGUUAGUAAGCAUUGAUAUCAUAAGUUUAGGACAUUCACUAUUUGUUAAAAGGGCUUCUAAAAGCUUGACUAUUAGAAGAAAAUGGGGGAGCUAUGCUUAGUGCUUUGGCGUUAGUUUGGGCAUAACACUAAGUAAAGGUUUUGUACGCA